AUGUCGGACCGCCUUGACCACGAGGACCGGCUUCUGCUGGAGGAGGAGUUGCAGCAGCUCGAGGACCAUGAGAGUGGCCUCUUUGAGGGCCUCUUUCUGGCUGCCACGGAGUCCACCACUUUUGCGCAGAUGGCGGGGAGGUCCCUCUACCUCUACUGCUCCUACUUCACCGCCUUCCCCCAGCUCUGGCGCCUGCUGCUGCGCCGGCUGCGGAGCGAGCGCCUGCCCUUCCCCAAGCUCCAGGCCUAUUCCCCCGAAUGGCCCGGGGCCCUGGGGCCCAUCUCUUUGGCCCAUCUCUUUUGA